AUGGACGUCCAGCUUUACGUCUAUGACUUGUCUCAGGGCCUUGCGAGGCAAUUCUCUCAAGCAUUGACGGGCAUCCAAAUCGACGCCAUUUACCAUACCGCCAUCGUCUUGAACCAUGUUGAAUACUUCUUCGGUCAAGGAAUCCACAGGAAAAUCCCCGGUACCACGCACCAUGGUCGACCCAUGAAAAUUAUCAACCUGGGAAAGACCGAACUCCCUCUCGAUGUCAUCGAGGAAUACGUCGAAUCUCUCGAACAUAUCUACACUCCUGAAUCCUACGACUUGUUCCUGCACAAUUGCAACAACUUUACUCAAGACCUGGCCAUGUUUCUGGUCGGGACGAGUAUCCCCGAUGAGAUUCGGACGCUGCCCGAGACCUUUCUGAACACCCCCAUGGGGCAGAUGCUGCGUGGCCAGAUCGAUCAAUCCAUGAGGACCAUGACCCAGGCUCCCGAUGCUGUUGCGGGCCGGCAUGCUAUCAGAAAUCCCCCCGCUGCAAAGACCGAACCAGCGACACGUGGAUCGAAACCACAUAGUGGAACGGCUCACAGGGUUACCACUCCCGGCAUCAUCAACGCCCGGCCCCCGGCCGACUCUCCAGGUCACGUUCACAACAUCUCUUCACUCUCGGAACUGGAUCGCCUCCUCGAAUCCUCACGCCAGUCCUGUGCCGUCAUAUUCUUCACCUCCGCCGCUUGCCCACCCUGCAAAAUAGUCUACCCAACCUACGACGACCUUGCCGCCGAGGCUGGCUUCCAGAGUGGGGCGAAGCUGAUCAAAAUCGACGUCUCGGCCUCUCCCUCGACGCAGGCCGUGGCCCAGCGAUACCAAAUCCGCGCCACUCCCACGUUCAUCACCUUUCUGAAAGGCGAGAAGCACGAGGAAUGGUCUGGUGCCAACACGGCACAGUUGAAGGGAAAUGUUCGACUGCUCCUGCAGAUGGCCACACCACCACCACACCGGCACUCGAAGCUGAAACUGCCCACGUUCCAGCGGAUCAUCGAGACGCCGAUUAUGUACACGCGCACUCCACCGCUGGACAAAUUGCUGGCGAAAAUUGGGUCGAGCUUUUCUCAAGAUCCGUCCGUCCAAGAUCUGGUGGUGUAUAUUCAAACUCGCGACGCCAAGGGCAUGAACGAAGCGCCGCUACCCAACCUCCACAACUUCAGUACCUAUCUCGCCACGGUCUUUCCUGCUCUCCCCCAAGAAUCACAUUUCGCCGUCAUUGACCUUGUUCGUGUCGCCGCAGUGGACUCCCGCGUGUCAUCCUUUUUCGUCACCGAGCAUGACCAUAGAACUCUCUCGACACUGCUGACCGGCACCCGCGCUGGCGAGGACGUCUCAACUGCUCCCUACAAUAUCCAGUCCGUCUCGUUGCAAUUAGCGUGCAACUUGUUCAGCUCCAAUGUCUUCCAAGAACAGAUCUUCCGAGACCAGAAUGCGACGUCGCCGCCAUCCUCACCUCCGUCAGGUCUGCGAACCAGUAUUGAAACCGUCGCCGCGCAAUGUCUCCUCUCUCCUCAUCCCAACGCAAGAUCCAUGGCCGCGGCUCUCGUCUACAACCUCGCCGCCCACACACAUAAUCAACGAAUGCACAAUACGAAAGGACCGGGCGACGAAGAAUCCACACCGAGUGAUGAUCUCUCUGCCGCGCUUCUUGAGUCCAUCACUUCCCUCGCUUCCGGAGCGCAAUCCGCCUCGUCGUCAACGCAUAUCAAGGAAACGCUUCACGCCCUCCUGCUUGCGUUGGGCAUGCUUCUCUACGCCGCCCCGCCGGACAAUAUGCUCUGGGAUCUCUGCCGGGCGAUGGGUCUGCGCGAGGUCCUGAAGGAGAUCACAUCCUCGGGCUCGGGGCUGAGUGCCGAGGUCCAGGCUGAGCCGUUGUUGAAGGAGGUUGGCGAUGAAUUGUUGGGAAAGGGAGGAUUUUAA